CAGAAGCUAUCCCCUCUCCUGUCCACACAGCUUGCACUUUAUAUCCGUUCCCUAAGCCUGGCCCCGCCCCUGUAUCUGGGGCGGGCGCAGAUCCCGAGGAGUGCACAGGCGCAGAACGACCGGGGCGUGGCCGUGCGCGACGGCUGGACCCACGUGUGGCAACCGCUUCUCUGCUCCGGGCUUAUUGUAUCAUGGGCUCUGCUGCGCCGGCCGCCGGCUCGUUAAGGGCACGCUACUUAGUGUACUUUCAGUACCGGGGCACCGACUUCAAUGGGGUCGUUGCUGUCAGGGGCGCACAACGCGCAGUCGGCGCAGUCGGCGUCCAGAACUUCCUGGAGGAGGCCGCAGAGCGACUGAACCCCGUGGUGCCCAUCAAGUUCACUAUCUCCAGCCGCACGGAUGCAGGGGUCCACGCCCUGAGCAACGCGGCACACAUGGACGUGCAGCGCCGUGCAGACCAGCUGCCCUUGUCCCCCGAGGUCAUGACCAAGGCCCUCAACACCCACCUGAAGCACCCUGCCAUCCGAGUACUGCAGACCUUCCGAGUACCUGGUGACUUCCACGCCCGGCAUGCGGCCACAUCCAGGACCUAUCUGUACCGCCUGGCCACAGGAUGCCCCACCUACAACCAGCUAUCUGUAUUUGAACGGGACCGGUGCUGGGCCCUUCGGGCAGAAUGCCUGGAUGUGGCUGCUAUGCAGGAGGCUGCCCAGCACCUAAUAGGGACACAUGACUUCAGUGCCUUCCAGUCAGCAGGCAGCCCUACCACCAGAACUGUGCGCACACUGCGCGUUGUCUCCAUAGUCCCUGAGCCUGCCGGCCCCUUCCUACUUCCCCAGGAGAGCAGGAGGCUGAGGUUCUGGAACAUGGAGUUUGAGAGCCAGUCCUUCCUGUACAGACAGGUGCGGAGGAUGACGGCUGUGCUGGUGGCAGUGGGGCUGGGAGCCCUGACGCCCGCUCAGGUGAAGGCUAUCCUGGAGAGCCGGGACCCUAUGGGUUGGAGUCAGACAUGCAUGGCCCCCGCCCAAGGCUUGUUCCUAAAGUCAGUGCUCUACGGGAGCCUUGCAGAGUGGAACCCAGCCAGUACCCAGGAAGAGAACCAGGGCUUUCAGGGGCAAGGAAGCCAUAGGUCAAACCAAAGACUGGAGGCCAGAGCCUAGCAGCUAAAGGAACUGACCCCAGGACUCCAGCUUUCUGUAGUUCACAGCAGAGAGAAAGCCACAGCUGUGCCAGGCCAUGGGCAAAUCCAGCUGGUCAGGGUGGACCUUGGAAUAUGAUCAGCCUCCAGCUUCCCCCAACUUGCACCUACCAAGAGCUUUGUACCCCAGGUGGACUGCCAUGAGGCAGCAAAUAAAGACACCAAGAAGAGACAUACACAA